UGAUUUAGAGAAAUUUCCCUUGAAACCAUCAUCAACAGACAGAGGAAUGCUCGCAAGUUUUCCUGAGAAAAUCUAAAAUCCCGUACAGAUUUUUUAUUAUUUUCUCCAGAAAAAGAGCGGGGAAUCCAGUUCAUACCAUAAUCAAACUGAAAGAGAAGUUAUGGCUUGAUGAUACCGAAACCCUAAUUGUUGGCAUCAGGGCGAUGAGGUCGAGCCAUGACCUCUUGAACUCACGACUCGCUCUAUCCUCCUCGAGUUUUGAUGGAUCGAGACCGCCCUUUGUCUGCAGAGCUGAAGAAGAGGGAUCCGGAAAAUGAAAAGGUGAUCGAAUGGGAAGAUUACGAACAAGAAGUUGCAAGACUCUGGAGCCUCUCUUCUGCGCUCAGAGAAGCUAAGGAAAAGAAGCGGUGUCUCAAGGAAAAGCUUGAGGCACUCAUUCAGGUGAAAGCUGAGUCAUUGGGUAGAAUAAAUACUCUUGACGAGAUGCAUGCAAGAGUCGAGGCUAAAAGAUCUCUUAUGGAGAAAAUGUUGAUGCAUACCAAGAUUGCGGCAACUGAUGCUAAAAGGAAUGAGGAAAGGCUUAGCAUGGAAGUUGGAUCAUUAUUGGUUGCUUGUACAGCACUUUCUGCAGCUAACAAGCAAUUACAGGUGUGUUUAAUGAAUUUUUAAUUCCUUAUGUUCUUUCUACUUGAAAAAUGAUAAAUGGAUGUAUGGGUAACAUCAGUCAUGUAGCUUAAUGAAAGCUUUUUAUAUUCAGUCAAAUGUAAUUUAUCGCAUUCGUCUCACUCAAAUUGAGGAGAAAGAAUGACUGUUGAUGAAUUUAGGUGGCUAGCCAAAAAGUAGGAUUUCUUUU